CUGGGCGUCGGGGGCCACGGCGUCGUCUUCCCCGGCGUGAACAAGAGCAGCGGCGAGAUCAUGGCCAUCAAGCAAGUCUCCAAGAAGCACAUGAGCGCCAAGGCCGCGGAGACGCUGAGCCGCCGCGUCAAGGACGAGGCCGAGCUGCUCCGCAUCGCCGGCGAGCACCGGUCCAUCUGCUCCUACAAGGAGAUCUUCGAGGGCGCCGACGCCUGGUACAUCGUCACGGAGCUCGCCCGGGGCGGCGAGCUCUUCGACCGCCUCGUGGAGCGCGGCGCGUACACGGCGAACGGCGCCGCGUCGGUCAUGCGCGAGGUCGUCGACGCCGUCGCGUACCUCCACUCCAUGGGCAUCGCCCACCUCGACCUCAAGCCCGAGAACGUGUUGUUGAAGUCCGACGAGACGGACGCGUCGGACGUGCGCCUCGUGGACUUCGGGUCCGCGCGCUUCGUCGGCAGCGACCGCAUCGGGGGGGCGGCCGCGGGCCCCGCGGGCGCGACGCCGGCCUACGCGGCGCCGGAGGUGUUACGGGGCGACGCCUACGACGAGUCCGCGGACGUCUGGAGCCUCGGCGUCAUCCUCUACCUCCUGCUCACGGGCCCGCGCCGGCGCGCCGCUCUCGGCCGCGGUCCCGCUCGUGUCGGCCCAUGUUCGGACGAGCGAUCGUCCCUCGGAGCGCCGCGGAUGCUUUGGGGGCGCGUGCCGGGCGCGGUGCGGGAGCUGCUGGAGAAGCUGCUGGCGUCGGACCCGGCCGCGCGGCCGUCGGCGACGGAGGUCCUGGGCCACGCGUGGCUG